UUGUUGCUGGCCUUAACAACCGACGGGUGAAUCGUUUUGGCUAAACGACGUCCACAACAAAAAUACUCUCCUGUAGCAAACUACGAAAGCAGGCUGAAAAUAAAAUUGUGACAAAUAUCAUAAAAUUAAGGAGAAUAUCCAAUAGAUAUUGAGCUUUCACAAAAGACAAAGAAGAGAAAAUACUUCUUUAUUGUCAGUUAAUUUCGAUUUGAAAAAUAUAUCCGCACUUCCGUGUGGUAUGUGCCCUCUUUGAAAGUAGCAGAAUAUUGUGUUGCACCGAGAGUUUAGUUAUAUCAGCAACAGCAGUUCUUCUGCACUCGCACCAUUCUAGCAGUUUUCGAAGCCGACAAGGAAUAGUUCGCAUAGGCAGAAUGGUGAAUACAACCAUCUAUGAUGAAGCUCCAAAAUUGAAGCCGGAAGAGUAUCCCCAAAAGAUGGCCGCACAAGCAGAUUCGCAGUUGGAGCACAUGUGCCGUUUGCAGUUUGAUGCUUCGGUUUCGCAAAUACGUCUAUCAGGAAUUAUAUGUACGAUUGGUCCCGCCUCAGUUAGCGUUGACAUGCUAGAGAAAAUGAUGGCCACUGGCAUGAAUAUUGCCCGUAUGAACUUUUCGCAUGGUUCACAUGAGUAUCACGCCGAAACUGUGAAAAAUGUCCGUCAGGCUGCCAAAAACUACUCUGAGAAAAUGGGCUACGAGUAUCCUGUCGCCAUUGCUUUGGACACUAAGGGUCCUGAAAUUCGUACUGGCCUGAUCGAGGGUAGCGGCACUGCUGAGAUUGAAUUGAAGAAAAAUGAAAUUAUUAAAUUAUCUACAAAUAAACAGUACGCCGAGAAGGGAAACAAAGACGUUGUAUAUGUGGAUUAUGAGAAUAUUGUAAAGGUGGUCAAGCCUGGCAAUCGCGUGUACGUUGACGACGGCUUAAUAUCUUUGAUUGUAAAAGAAGUUUCCGGCGAUACACUUACAUGUGAAAUUGAGAAUGGCGGUUGCUUGGGCUCACGCAAAGGUGUUAAUUUGCCGGGCGUGCCAGUCGAUUUGCCUGCAGUAUCGGAAAAAGAUAAAUCCGAUUUGAAAUUCGGUGUUGAGCAGGGAGUUGAUAUAAUAUUUGCUUCAUUUAUUCGCAACGCAGCGGCUUUAACUGAAAUUCGGAGCGUUUUGGGCGAGAAUGGUAAAAACAUUAAAGUAAUUUCAAAAAUUGAAAAUCAACAAGGCAUGCACAAUUUGGAUGAAAUUAUUGCGGCCUCUGACGGCAUUAUGGUGGCUCGUGGUGACUUGGGUAUCGAAAUUCCCCCCGAAAAGGUUUUCUUAGCCCAAAAGGCAAUCAUUUCGCGUUGUAAUAAAGCUGGCAAACCUGUAAUUUGCGCCACACAAAUGCUAGAGUCUAUGAUCAAAAAGCCACGUCCUACUCGCGCUGAAAUAUCAGACGUUGCCAAUGCUGUCCUGGAUGGUGCCGACUGUGUUAUGCUAUCCGGCGAAACCGCCAAGGGUGAAUACCCAUUGGAAUGCGUGUUAACUAUGGCAAAGACAUGUAAGGAGGCGGAAGCUGCAUUGUGGCAUCGAAAUCUGUUCAAUGAUUUGGUUCGUGCAACACAGUCAUUUACACUAGAUGCGGCUCAUGCCACAGCAAUUGCCGCUGUUGAAGCUGCCCACAAAUCUUUGGCCGCAGCAAUAGUAGUGAUUACUACCACCGGAAAAUCUGCAUACCUCAUAAGCAAAUAUCGGCCCAGAUGUCCAAUUAUCGCAGUGACACGUUAUUCCCAGACAGCUCGCCAGGCUCAUUUGUACAGAGGCUUGGUGCCCCUUGUUUAUACAGAACCCCCACUAAGUGACUGGCUCAAGGAUGUCGAUGUUCGCGUACAAUUUGGCGUGCAAGUUGGUAAAAAGAAUGGAUUUAUCAAGACCGGAGAUCAAGUUGUCAUUGUAACUGGCUGGAAACAAGGAGCUGGCUUUACCAACACUAUGCGUAUUGUACCUGUCGAAUAAACAAGAAGAGCAAAAUAUUGAAGUACAAAAAGGUAUUGGAUCUUUGGAUUUCAUUGCGAUUAAGCGGAGCGUUUUAAAUCAACAUGUAAAUCGAUGAAAGAAAUACAACUUGAUAUAAUCAGUGGCACAUUUUUAUGUUUAAUUUAAAUUAGUAUCUUUAUUAUAUAUUUGUAGUUAAACAUAGUUGUGUUAAUAAAGAAACAAUCGAUAAAAAAUAUUA